CCCAACUCUACCUAAUUGCCCAAUUUCACAAAAUACAAAUUCAAAAACCUUAACCCUUGCUACUCAGUCAGACCCGGCGCUUCUUCCACUUCACCACCACCGUGAAAGCUCCAGCAAUGGGGAUUGAUUUGGUUGCAGGAGGUAAGAGCAAGAAGUCCAAAAGGACAGCUCCCAAAUCCGAUGAUAUUUACCUUAAACUUCUCGUCAAGCUUUAUCGUUUCCUUGUAAGAAGAGCUGGGAGCAACUUCAAUGCUGUGAUAUUGAAACGCUUGUUUAUGCGCAAAGUUAACAAGCCUCCACUAUCUCUGUCUAGGCUUAUUCAAUUCAUGAAUUGAAAGGAGGAUAAGAUUGGUGUUGUAGUGGGGACUGUGACAGAUGAUAUUAGGGUUUAUGAGGUUCCAGCUUUGACGGUUACAGCUCUUAGGUUUACUGAGACUGCUAGAGCUAGGAUUGAGAAGGCUGGUGGGGAAUGCUUGACUUUUGAUCAGCUUGCUUUGAGGGCUCCUUUGGGUCAGAACACGAUAUCAAUCCUUCCCUUGCAUUUUGUGCUACUGCGAGGUCCAAAGAACGCUCGUGAAGCAGUUAAACACUUUGGUCCAGCACCUGGUGUGCCUCACAGCCAUUCUAAGCCUUAUGUGCGGUCAAAGGGGAGGAAGUUCGGGGCUAGAGGAAGAAGGAAUAGCAAGGGAUUUAGGGUUUAAGCAUAGGCUUUGUAGUUGAUAAUGAGUCCUGUCUGCCAUUUUAUUACUGCAAACAAAUCUUGCUUACUGGAUUUAGGGUUCACUUCUGGUGUGAACAUCUUUCGUAUUUAUGGUAUAAAGUGGAGUAUGUUUGAGCAUUCAA